GAGAGAGAGAGAGAGGGCAGGCGGUGAGUUAAAUUCCCCGAACUCAAAAUACAGAUUCAAAAUCUCCUUCAUCUAUGGAGAUUACCUAUUCUCCACCUCCUGAAAUCCACAUAACUCCGAUAUUGCUCGAAUGGAUUCCGCGAUUCGCCGCUCUCUCGUUCACGGCCAUCCUCCUUUUUUCCCUUACCUCCGCCGCCGCCGUAGAAAUCUCUUACUCCGCUCAUUGCAACGACUUCGUGCGUUAUCCACCCUUACUUCCAAACCCUAAUCCUCCGAUCACCAGCCCUAGGUUUCUCUCUCUUCGCCGCGCCCACGUUUAUUACAGUGUAAACGAUGGGAACAAGGAUGUUUCUUCAAUUCCCAGGUCUCUCUCCUUCUUCUCCCAGAAAGCGUUCAAAACCCAGAAGGAUGGAGUCUUCAAAAUCGAUGCGAUCUUGAGCAUUAAUCGUAUUGGCUACUUUCGCAAUUCCACUCGCAGGGGAUUGCGCCUUGUGCAUUUCCGGCCACCUCGGAUUCCGCUGACGUCAGGUGAAUUGCGGAAUUCAUUGAGUUUUUCGUUGGGUGGAUUUUGGGAUUCGGUUUCAGGGAAGCUUUGUAUGGUUGGGACAGGGUUUGGCAGAUUAAGCUCUAAUCAUGUUGUUUUAAAGCUUGAUUAUUUGAAUUCUUCGAGUAUAUUCUCUAGUUUAGUCAAUGGCACGUUGGAAAGCUUAGAUGUAAACAGUGAAAGUGGUUUUGAUCUGAAAUCGGUAUCAAUAUUGGGGGUGAAUUUGAGGAAUUAUAGGUACGAGUUGAUUGAUAAAGAAAGUGAAAUCAAUGGCUUUUCAUUGUUGGAUGAUAUGACAAAUGUUUCUUUAGGAGUAGAAUAUUCGGGGGAGAGGGUAUGUAGAUAUAUUAUAUCUGCUGGAAUUGCUGAACUGGAGUAUCAGAACGAUUGCAACAGUGUGAAUUGCAAUUUUCUUGGAAAAGGAAAUGGUAAUUUCACGCCAAGUGUUAUGAAUUUCAAUAAAAUCGAGUGUUUGGAGGAUGGUAGAGUGAGGUUCUUGUUGGCGUUUGGGGACUUUGGGCGCAAUGGAUAUCAGUUGAAUUUUGAACCAAACGUGACUUUGGUUAGCGAAGGGAGAUGGGAUCGGAAGAAAAGGCGUCUUAACAUGGUUGCCUGCCGUAUUUUUAGUGACUGGGAUGAGGGUUUUGUUGGGGAGUGCUUGAUAAGACUAAGUUUGAGAUUUCCUUCUACGUGGACAUUGAGAAACAGAAGCUCUGUGAUGGGGGAAUUAUGGAGUAGUAGAAGUGUUAAUGAGGCUGGCUAUUUUGGCAGAGUUACUUUCUCAAGUACAAAAAAUAAGAACAUCAGGGCAGCUGGUUUGGGUUAUGAGUACAUGGAGAUCGAGAAUACAAAGAGAUCAUGUGCGAAUAAGACAAUGCAGAAGGGAGAGGGAGGGAAAUAUCCUAAUGCAUUAUCAUCUGAUAUGAGGUUUGAUAUGCUUGUCACAAACAAGAAAGUGAAUGACCUUUGGGGUUACUCAUCUCCACUUUUUGUGGAUAGUAGGCUUUAUCAGUUAUCGACUAUUUUUGGAGAGGAAGCUGAUUUCUCUUGGCAAGAAAAGCAAAACCUUAGUGUGAUUAAUGUCAGCUAUGUAUUGAGCCUCGCAUCUUCUCAUGAUUUCAAGCUCAGCAGUGAACACAUGCAAAUCAAAUCAUUUGAAAUUUCUGCUGAAGGGACCUAUGAUUCUGAAAGAGGUCAUCUUUGCAUGACUGGCUGUAUGUAUGUCGCUGUCACACCUAAAAAGACAAGAUGGGGGAACUCAUCGUCAUCGAUGGAUUGUGAGAUUCUGGUUGACAUUCACUAUCCUCCAGUGAAUGCGAGAAAUGUAAAUCCUGUGAAGGGAACUAUUGAAAGCACAAGAGACAAGUCUGACCGUCUUUAUUUCGAAUCUUUUGAAAUUCUUUCACGUUCAAUUUAUUCAGGGCAAGCCAAAGAGUCCAUAUGGAGAAUGGAUCUGGAGAUUACGAUGGUUCUGAUUUCCAGCACACUUUCGUGCAUCUUCCUUGGUCUGCAGCUACUGCAUGUCAAAAGACAUGCAGAUGUACUGCCCUCGAUUUCUGUCAUAAUGCUGAUUGUGCUCACUCUAGGACACUUGAUCCCUCUAUUGUUGAAUUUCGAAGCUCUCUUCAUAAGCCGCAACACCGUGAAUUUCUACUUCGAUAGCGAUGGAUGGCUUGAAGUUAACGAGGUAUUAGUGAGGGUAAUAACCAUGGUAGCCUUCUUACUGGAAUUUCGUCUUCUACAAUUGGCCUGGUCUGCAAGAUCUAGUGAUGAUGGAAGCCAAAAGAACAACCUAUGGGCAUGUGAUAAGAAAGUACUGUAUCUUUCAUUACCAAUGUAUAUUGGCGGUGGAUUGAUCGCGUGGUUUUUGGAUGGGUUUUUGGUUCCUCAAAUACUGUUCAAUCUAUUCUUUGGCUCUAAAGAGAAGGCUCUUGCACCUCCCUUUUAUGUGGGAACUACUUUUGUUCGAUUGCUUCCACAUGCAUAUGACCUUUACAGAACUCGUAGUUCGAGUUGGUCGUUCAGUUAUAUAUACGCAGACCCGAAACUGGACUACUAUUCCACUACUUGGGAUGUCAUCAUAUCCGUUGGAGGUGUUAUAUUUGUUGUCCUGAUUUACUUGCAGCAGAGGUAUGGUGGGCGGUGUCUUUUACUGAAGAGGUUCUGGCAGAGAUUUGCGUAUGAAAAAGUAUCUGCCACUAGCCCUGAUGAGUAAUUUUGAGAAAUGGUAUAGGAAUUACGAUAUUAUUAUGCAUAUGGCUGCCACAUUCUUUAGUUUUAAUUCGUCAAGUUUCGUAUUGUACAGCGAUUGGUGUUCCUCUUCUUUGUGGUCUGUUUAACUUGAGGUAUUUUUCAGGCCGUAUGAUUCCACAUACAUUGCACGUACACUUCUUUAUAUAUAAAUAAUUUGUUCAUCUUCUUGCUUGCUGAUAUUGCUGCUGAAAUUAUAAUGCUGCGAAGCCACGUUAAAAAUAAUGUAAUGGAAUCGAUGGAAAGCUUACUUUGAAUAA